AUGACCGAUUUCGAUGAAUACGAGUAUCUGGAGAAGGCGGUAGAGCAGGGAGUCGGAGGGGAAGAGGAGGGCGGAGAGCAAGCUCCAGAGGGCGAGGAGCGAAGGAAAAGGGAAGGUGAAAACGGUGCGGGAGAGGACCAGGAAGACGAGAACCGGAGCAAACGCUCUCGUCGGGACGACGACAAGGAGAGGGACCGAGACAGAGAUCGCAGCGGGAAGGAUCGCGACAGAGACCGUGACAGGGAGAAGGACAGGGAUCGCAGCGGGAGGGACAAAGAUCGGGAUAAGGAACGGAGCGAUCGGCACCGCGACAGGGAUCGGGACCGCAGCGACCGUGGAGAUCGGGAUCGCGACAGGGAUCGGACUCGCGAGCGGGAAGGACACGAUCGGCACCGGGACAGGGACCGUGAUCGGAGGAGAGGAGACAGAGACCGUGAUUACGAGAGGAAGCACAGAGAGUCCGGGCGGGACAGUCGGCGAGAGAAAAAGGACAAGGAAGCGGAGCUAGAGCUCGACCCCGAAAGAGAUCAGCGCACCGUGUUUGCCUACCAAAUCAAUUUGAAGGCGGAUGAGAGGGACAUCUACGAGUUUUUCACUCAAGCCGGCAAGGUGCGCGACGUGCGUCUCAUCAUGGACCGUAACUCUCGCCGUUCCAAGGGUGUCGGCUACAUCGAGUUCUACGACGUGAUGUCGGUGCCCAUGGCCAUAGCGCUGUCGGGCCAGCUGCUGCUGGGGACGCCCGUGAUGGUCAAGCCGUCCGAAGCGGAGAAGAAUCUCGCGGCGCAAAACCCGCUGCCCGUCGUCGCGGGCAUGGGCGGCCUCCCGGGCGUGGCGGGCGCGGGGUUCCUGGUGCCGAGCCUCACAGCGUCGUCGCGGAAGCUGCACGUGGGGAACCUGCACGUGAACAUGAACGAGGAGCAGCUCCGCCAGGUGUUUGAGCCAUUUGGGGAGCUGGAGCUGGUGCAAGUCCCUACAGAGGAGUCUGGAAAGUGCAAGGGCUUUGGCUUCGUCACGUAUGCCAAGGUGGAAGACGCUCGGAUGGCCGGCAGCAACCUGCAGGGUCUUGAGCUCGCAGGACUCGCUAUUAAGAUCACUCCUGUGCCGGACACCUACGGUGUAGCUGACGCAGUGCAAGCAGUGCCAGGGCAACUGGACGAGGGCGAGGGAGGCAUGGCUCUAACUGCGCAGUCUCGUGCAGCUCUCAUGAUGAAGCUUGACCGCACGGGGGUGGCAGGUGCGCCGGUGCUGCCAUCACCAGGAGUGAAUCCAGCAGCCAUGGGUCUUCUCAGCAGCAACCCUCUGUCCGCCAUGGGUCUCCGCCCCCCCAUCCUGCCUCCUGCUGGCGGCGGCCUCGCGUCCAUCCCAGGGGGAGCGGCAGCUGCCGCCGCAGCAGCAGCCGCGCUUGCAGCGAAUCCGCUUAUCGCCGCCGCUGCCGCUGCUGGUGGGGGGACGCCGCUGCCACCUCCAGCUGCGGCUGCUGCUGCUGCUAUGGCGGCAGCGGCUGCAGCUGCUGGUGGUGGUGGUGCUGCGGCGCCAGCGGCAGCAGAGGUGGUGGGGCCGCCCACGGAGUGUCUGCUGCUCACCAACAUGUUCGACCCGUCUCAGGAUAUAGACGAGGAGUUUGAGCAGGACAUAAGGGAGGACGUGGAGGACGAGUGCACCAAGUUCGGCCCGGUCAAGAAGGUCAAUGUCGACCGGCACAGCAGCGGGCAUGUGUAUGUGCUGUUUGAGUCGGCCACGUCUGCUGCAGCAGCCCGUGCGGCGCUGCACAACCGCUACUUUGCUGGCAAGGCCAUCAGCGCCACCUUCAUUACUCCUGAGCAAGUGGCGGCCAAUGCUGCUGGUGCUGGUGGUGGUGGUGCGGCUGGUGGUCUUGCCGUGCCGGUGGUGGUGGUGGUGCUGCUGUCUGGCCUUCUCUCUCCCGUGCGCCUGCUGCUCUGCGUCACCUCACCACUGCUGGCUCUGCAUCUGGCUGCAUGCCCUUGCGAUUCAAGACCUGCUGCUGCUGCUGCUGGCGCGGUGCGCGCGCGCACGUUCGCGGUGGUGCCCGUGGUGGAGGGUCUGGCGGACCUUGGGAAUGUCUCCGCCGUGUGCCGCACCGCGGACGGGCUGGGGUUCCAAAACGUGCAUGUCAUCACCACCCGCAGCUAUGGGGACGAUGAUGCCGCUGCUGCUGCUGCUGCUGCUGGUGCCGCUGGUGCCGCUGGUGCCGCUGGUGUUGCGGGGGAGUGCCUGCAGGAGCUCAAGAAACGGGGUUACCGCAUCGCCGUCACGUCCCUAUCUGAUCGAACUGUGCCCAUAUACGACGUGGACUGGACGAUACCUACUGCUAUCGUUUUCGGCAACGAGCACAGCGGUGUGUCAGAGGAGGUGGAGCGCGCAGCAGACGUGGUGGUGAGCAUCCCCAUGGUGGGCAUGGUGGAAUCAUUCAACAUCUCCGUUGCUGCCGCCCUCACCCUGCACCACGCUGCUCGCACGCGCCUCGCCUCCCUG